GCAUUCGAAGGAACUAAUAGACCGUUAUUCCCUGUUAACUUCUAUGUGCAUGUGUCAACUAUAAAAAAAGGAAUUAACGUAAAUUCGAGUUUUGAAAAAAGAUAUAAAUUGACUAGAAAACACUGUAGAAACUAUUUGAGAAAUGUCUGGUUAUACUGGACAAGAGAAUUAUUGGGGACAACCUCCCCAAGGCCAUUAUAACUUUGAUUCCUCUGGUUUUGGUCAACCUAACCAACAAUUCGAAUUCCAAACAUACAAUGAUCAACAAUCUGGAGAUUAUUCUGCUUACACGCAAAAAAGUUAUCUCGAUCCUACUCAAACUGCAUUUACUACUGGCUCAGCAGGAUUUGUUGAUGAAGAAGAGGAACCACCACUCUUAGAAGAAUUGGGAAUUGAUCCCGAUCGAAUAUUACAAAAAACAUUAGCUGUAUUAAAUCCAUUUCAUAGAAAAGGACAAAUAGACGAUGCAAAUUAUUUACUUCAGGAUUCAGACCUAGCUGGGCCAGUAGCAUUUUGUUUAAUGCUUGCCGCGUUUCUGUUGCUAGCUGGUUCAAAAGCACAUUUUGGCUAUGUUUAUGGUUUAGCUGUAACAUCGUGCAUUUUGAUGUACAUUCUACAAUCAUUAAUGAGCAGUUCCAGUAAUAUUACAUUAUCUUCAGUAGCAUCUGUAUUAGGUUAUUGCUUAUUACCCGUCGUAGUUCUUGCUGGUUUAAGUAUUUUUACAACUUUGAGAGGCCCAGCUGGCUUAGUUUUUGCCAUGUUUGCGGUUGCUUGGUCAACAUUAUCAGCAUCUAGACUCCUUACAACUAUGUCAGGAGAAGAAAAUCAGCGGCUUCUUCUUGCGUAUCCUUGUGCUCUUCUUUAUGGUGUUUUUACAUUAAUGGUAAUAUUUUAGCAAAAUAUAUGUAUGUAUAUAUAUAUAUAUCUGCAACCUCUUCAUGUAAAAGGACUCAUUAUUAAAUAUUUAAUGCAAUAUAAUAUAUUUGUGUACGAUUACACAAUUUCAUUCAUAUCUCAUUCAAUAUCAUCAGUUACAAAUAGUGAUCAAUACAUUACUGAAAAGAAUAUUGUUACUUAAACUAUCAUUUUUUGAAAAUAUAUUAAUAUAACAUAAAUUAU